CAUCACUCUUCAAUGGUCAAACCCAACUACGUCUUGUUUUUAUUUAUUUUAUUUAUUUUUAUUUAUUUUUUUAAUUUUUACGAACCUGCAGGAUAUUUUAAAUCAAAUUAACCAUCUGCAACCUUUCAAGCUCACCAUCCAUUCAACAAUGGCGCAUUUCCCAAAUCUAAACCUCAUCAUCUUCUUCCUUCCCUUUACAACCACCCUUUUGCUCACAUCAAUUUUCCCAUUUGCAAUUGCUUUAUCCUUCAACUAUACCAGUUUCAGUCCCCAAGAUAACAACAUAAAAUACGAGAGAGCUUUCGUUGCAAACAAAGUGAUUCAACUCGCCGGAGAAAAAAAAGCCAAAGCAAGCCUUGGUAGAGCUACCUAUGUUGAAGCCAUGCAACUUUGGUAUAACACCACCGGAAAAGUCACAGACUUUACCACCUACUUCUCUUUCGUAAUCGACUCCGAUGGUAGAGACAGAUACGGUGAUGGGCUUGCCUUCUUUCUGGCUCCUCAAGGUACCAUGCUCAAUCCUAAUAUCACAAAAGGUGGUUCAAUGGGUCUCACCCUUGAUGACCAACCAAUUAACCCAACUGGGGAUCCAUUUGUUGCGGUUGAAUUUGAUAUCUACAAUAAUAGUUGGGAUCCACCUCGAGAACAUGUAGGUAUAGAUAUAAAUUCUAUGCAAUCUGUUGCUAAUAUUUCAUGGUUGUGCAAUAUUCAACAGGGGAAAAUGAACGAUGCUUGGAUUACUUACAAUUCUAGUGCCAUGAAUUUGAGUGUUGUUUUCACUGGCUAUAGAAAUAAUGUUACAGAGUUUCAGUAUCUUUCCUACCAAGUUGAUUUGAGGCUUUACUUGCCUGAAAAUGUUACUUUUGGAUUCACAGCCGCAACAGGAAAUCAAUCUGCUAUUCAUAGUAUUUAUUCCUGGGAUUUCAGAUCCAAUUUACAGGGCAGUGAAAAUCCACCAAUAGGAACAAUCAGAAGAAGAAAAAGGAACAACACGGGACUAGCUGUGGGAUUGGGUUCGGGUGGAUUUUUUGUUUUGGUUGUUGGGUUUGGUCUUGUUGGGUUUGGAAUGUGGAAGAGGAAGAGAGACAGAGAUCAAGAUCAUAUCUUUCAUAGAAACAUGGACGAUGAAUUUGAAAGAGAAACUGGGGUACCAAAGAAAUAUACAUAUAAAGAGCUUGCUCGUGCAACAAGUAAUUUCAAGGAUGAACAAAAGCUUGGACAAGGAGGAUUUGGCAGUGUAUAUAAAGGUUUUCUUAGAGAUCAAAACUGCUAUAUUGCUGUUAAGAGAGUCUCAAAAGGGUCUCAACAGGGCAUAAAGGAAUAUGCCUCGGAGGUGAAGAUUAUUAGUCGUUUAAGGCAUAGAAAUUUGGUACAACUCAUUGGCUGGUGCCAUGAGAGAAAAGAGCUUUUACUCGUUUACGAAUUCAUGCCAAAUGGUAGCUUAGAUUCCCAUCUGUUCAAAGCAAAAAACCUGUUGAUUUGGAAAGACAGGCAAAAAAUUGCUCAAGGCUUAGCCUCAGCAUUGCUAUAUCUGCAUGAAGAAUGGGAGCAGUGUGUGGUUCACAGAGACAUAAAGUCGAGCAACAUAAUGUUGGAUUCAAAUUUCAAUGCCAAACUAGGAGAUUUUGGUUUGGCUAGGUUUGUGGACCAUACAAUAGGGACGCAGACCACAGCAAUGGCAGGGACAAUGGGGUACAUGGCUCCUGAGACUGUGACAAUGGGUAAAGCAAGCAAAGAAUCGGAUUUGUAUAGUUUUGGAGUUGUUGCUCUGGAAAUUGCUUGUGGAAGAAAACCCAUUAACAGCAAUGCCCCAGAAGAAGAAAUAAUGAUGGUGGAGUGGGUUUGGGGGCUUUAUGGCAUAGGUAAAGUUCUUGAAGCUGCAGAUCCAAGACUUGGAGGUGAUUUUAAUGGUGAAGAAAUGGAGAGAUUGAUGGUUGUUGGUCUAUGGUGUGCACAUCCAGAUUAUAAUCUGAGACCUUCAAUUAGACAAGUAGUUCAGGUUCUUAAUUUUGAAGCUCCUUUGCCUCUUCUUCCACCAAGUAUGCCUGUUCCUACUUAUCUUACUUCUCCUCCAAGGAAUAGACCAAAAUCUUUGGAAGUAGUUUCUGAAGGCAAUACUGGUUCUGAAGGAGGGCAUUAUCAAAAUUCAAGCACUAGUUACAACACUAAUUCUUCACAAUUGACUCAAUCUUCUGCAGGUUCUUCUCCAUCCAGAUCAUUCUUGUACAGUGUAAACACAAUUGAUUAGUCCCAAUUUUUUUUCUUUAA